GGAAGUAACUUAGGACCAUUACUCUUCCUUGUGUAUAUUAACGACCUUCCUAAUUGUCUCAGUGCAGCAGUACCGAGAAUGUUUGCUGAUGAUACGAACAUUAGUUAUGCGGCCAACACUAUCGCCGAACUAGAAAAUGUUAUUAAUUCGGAAUUAAAAAAAUUGAAAAGCUGGUUGGAAGCGAACAAAUUAAGCCUUAAUAUCGCCAAGACAGAAUUUAUGAUAAUAGGAUCUCGACAAC